AUGGGUGGAGAGGGGCUUGAGACGCCAAAGGCUACACCUGCAACAAAGGCAGUGGCCGAUGCAGUGGAAGAUUUGGGUUUUGGCCUUUACCAGCUUGUGCCCUUGUUCCUCACCGGCGGUAUUUUUCUGGCGGAGGGGGCCGAGAUGCUGAUCAUGGGUUCAAUCACCUCACUUCUGCAUCGGCACUGGGACCUGGACCCAGUCAUUCGCGGUGGCAUGGUGUCUAUAGUUUUCAUUGGCUUUUCAGUUGGAAACUUCCUUUCCGGACAGAUUGGUGAUCGAUUUGGACGUCGCGCGUCCAUUCUGGUGUCGUACGCGAUGAUUGCCAUCUUUGGCUUUGCCACUGCAUGUUCAGGAGGGCCAGCAUUGAUGCUCUUCCUUCGGUUUUUCGUUGGUGCUGGCUGUGGAAUUGGGUUCCCAGCAGCAUACUCCUUGAUGCCAGAGGUCGCCCCUUCAACCUGGCGAAGUAGUUUGAGCACCUUGAUGAUCGGCUUCAUGCCGCUGGGGGAACUCAUUGGUGCUUUAGUAGUUCUGUUAGUGGAUCCAGAGCUGGACAACUCUGCGAGAGGCUGCAGUGCUUCAUCGUACUACCCGGCCAGAGCUCUUCAAGAGCCGGAACUCUGUGCAUGGCGGACGCUAUGUGAAAUGAGUGCCAUUCCGGCAUUCUUCUUCUUGGUGCUCGCCAGCCGGUUCCUUGAUGAGUCGCCACAGUUUCUAGCUAGUUGCGGGCGCUACGAGGAGUGCGAGCAGGUGCUGCAACGAAUGGCCUUGCUCAACGGCAGCCAGCUGAACGUGGAGAAGUUGCGUGCUGCUUUUGCUUCUGAAGCUGCCCCAGGUGAAGUGAGUCCUCUCUCGCCGAAGAGAAACUAUUCAUUUCUCAGCGCUGUGAAUCUGCUGUGGGCAAACUACCUGAAGGUUGCUGCCUUCAUGUGCUUGGCCCACGUGGCCAAGGACUUCAGCGUGUUUGGCCUGUCCUACAUGUUGCCUCAGUACUUUGCUUUCCUAAAGGGUCUUGUUGCAGGGGUGGAGUUGCUUGUGGUGGCUACCUUGGCACUACCUGGGGUUGUGCUGACAUACCUCUGUUCAAGGAUCCAAGGAGUGUCUUUGGUUUACCUCAUGUCUGGAAGCGGUGCAUUAGGCAGCGUCUUCGCUUUGGGAAUGCUUCAAGGAGUUCCAGUAAGCAUGGCUGCUCCAGCAGCUUACAUGGUCAAGAUCUUUGCCAUGUCUUUUUUUGUGUUUACAGUUGCGUACACCGCAGCAGCCUUCCCAACCCAUGUGCGUCAAACUGCUGUUGGCUUCUGUACUGCUGCAGGGCGGUUGGGAUCCAUCAGUGCACCGCUGGUGUUUGAACUGAGCAAGUCCUUCACUGGAAAGUUCGACUUCUUUAUCGGAUGCCUUAUUGCCCUCUUGACGUCUGUGGCAAUUACUGCCCCGAUUGCCCUCCCAAAGUGGGGCUGUCUUGACAUUCAGGCUGAGGGUUUUGCGGAGUCUUUGUAA